UGUUUUUGGCGGUUGCAGGCAGUUGUACACCUCUCCACGUUGCGUGUAAACAGUUUUCUAAAGUGUUAACGAUUAUUUGUUUCGCUUUCUGUAAUAUAAUUAUAUUUUCCUGGUAUGAGUUUCACGUGUUUCAUUCAACCGGAAAGGUUGUGUUUUUCUGGAAACGAAAGUUUGACAUAAUAUAACGUUUUUUUCUCAAAAAACGAGGUGAAAAGAGUUCUGAAACAAAACGUGGUGCACUUGUUAAUGUCUUUUUUCUUAUGGAUAAACAAUGAAUGAGAAGAAAGAUAAUUUUGCUUGGGCACAGAAACUGGGAUUCUCAGGACGUACAGAUUCAGUUUUAUUAAACAAAGGAAUAAUUGGACUUCUUUGGGAUGAUGCGUCAAAACUUCUACACCAUCCUAAGGAUGUAAUGGAAACGAGGAAAAACAUUUUACUUUAUAAAUUAAAAAAUAAUUUGCAAGAUCCUUGCAUAGAUUAUAUAAAAAAUGGUGAUCAAUUAAAAGCCGAGAGAAGUAAUUUAAAGGAUCGAAUUAAAGUAGCAGAGGAGAAAAACAAAGAACAAGAAUCCAAGACAAUCAAGAAAGAGAAUGAACUGAGAUUAUUGAAAUGCAAGAAAGAGUCGCCUACUAUGAAGAAAGAAUUACUUAAAAUGAAGGUGGAACAAGUUCAAGAAAUUCUUAAGGACAGCAGUACAAUGUUAAAUAUAAGCAAGCAUUUAAUGCCCGCAAGUAAUAAAGACGUAUCGUUAAAGGAGAUACGCGAGUGUUUGAACUUAAUAAGCAACAUUCGUUCUGGUGUAAAUAAAAAGGAGAUAAUCAAUAAAGUAAGACAAAUUUUGGAUGGUAAACACGUUCCAACUUUAUGGUCACUAUUAACAGAAAAUCAAUCUCAAGAUAUGGAGACAUUAAUUUCACUGGGUAAGAAGGAAGUAUCUGAAUUUAAAACUACUAUCGGAGAAGACAUUGACAUCGGUUUAGCAAAAAUCUGCGGAGAACAUAUUAAAACUGUUUCGAUGCAAUUGUUAGAAAUCGCAAAUACUUCAGAAAAUGAGAGAAUUCUUAUGGAGUGGAUUGAGCGAAUUGAGUUGGCUGAACCAGGCAUCACUGAAUGGCUUGAAAAUACUCUUGAAGUUCGUAUGCACGAAGUCGAACAAAAUACAUUACUGAAGGAAAUAAAUGACAUUUCAAACAGUCUCGAUGAACAAGAAAACUUGGAAACGGAACUUUCCGAAAUUUCCACUAAAUUAGAAAAUCUCAGUUCUGAAAAAAAAAAAUUAAUCGACGAAGUUCAAAAAUCUUUAAACUAUCUCAAAGGUAUUCGAUAUCUAAUAACAGAAACGAGAGAAAAACAAUUAGUUCACCUUCAAGCAAUUGCAAACUUACGAUCUGAUACUCAAGAACCAGAUCGAAAAGCAGAACCGAAUCUUUCUUUGGAAUUAGAAACAUUUUACAAGGAAUUAGAUAUAGAAGCUUUACGGCAAAUAACUGUAAAGAAACAAUUUUCCGAACAAAGACACCUGAAUAUCAGUUUUAAUAAUUCAUUGCUACAUUUAUCGGACAAAUUCUCAGGGAAAUUGACAAAUUCACUAUCAAUUUUAAAAAUACCUUUCUAUUUCCUAUUGGAGAGUUAUAAAGCCAUGUACACGAAUGCUUUACUAAAACGAAAUGAUAACGCGGAAUCUUUUGAUUUACUUGACGAAUAUCCACAAUGGGAUGUAUCAAGAUUGGAUAAUGUUCUUAAGAGUAACAUGGAAUUAUUGCAGCAUGUAAAUUUAAUUUGUAAAAAAUCUAGAGAACAUGUAAAUGAAUUUGAUCACUUGUUUGAUAUAUGGAAUCAAGAAUCAUUUGAAAGUGCCUUUAAGGUUUUAGAAGAAUUAACAGUGGAUGGUGUGACCUUAAAAGACUGGCAACAACGUUAUAGUAUUGUAAUGUAUAUGUUAAAAAAAUCAAGUAAAGUUUCUCUAUCAUUUCAACCUUACAGUUUUGAGGAACAAUAACAAAUAUUUUAGAUUGUAAAUUUUUAUAUCAAUUUCACAU